AUGAAUACUGACAAACAAACAAACGAUUCAUUACCACAUCCGUUAACCAAUGGUAGCUCAACAACAUUUGCUACCGUAAAAGAAUUGGCACAAAAUAUUAAUUAUUUGUCGAUGGAUGAUCAAUCAAUUACCAUCAAACAAACAGAAACAGAACGUAAAGGAUGGUUAUCUAAAAGUCAACGAAUAACAAUUGAAAAUAGUUGGAAGCGAGCUACUAAGAGCAAUGCAAGAGAGCAAGUUGGAAUUCAAUUAUUUGGUCGCAUUCUAACUGCACGACCAGAAAUGAAGCAUUUAUUUGGUUUACAAAAAAUUCCAGAAGGGCGUUUAAAAUAUGAUCCACGUUUUAGACGUCAUGCUAUUGUUUUUACAAAAUCAUUCGACUAUAUUGUUAAAAAUGUUGCUUACAAGGAAAAGUUGGAGCAACAUUUCCAGGCACUUGGUGAAAGGCAUACAACACUGCAAGGGCGUGGAUUCGAUCCAGGAUAUUGGGAUACAUUUAAUGACUGCAUGAGGCAAACCGUCUCACUUUGGGGUAAGGACAAGGAUCACAGAACGGCAAACACAUGGCACACACUGAUCUCAUUCGUGUUGCAGAACAUGAAAAUUGGUUUUAAUCGUGCUAAUAGCCGCCAUUCUCGUCGCGUAUCACGCACACAACACUAUCAUCACGCCCACCCAACAGGAUCCGGCACACGGCAAGGAGUCGAUCCAAUCCAAUUCUACAAACAAUUUUGUCUCCAGCAAAAAAAAAGCAAACGAGGAUUACUGCAACUUCCAACAACCUGA